CACUUGUUUAAUUAGAUUCCAACUUCAAUUCGUAGAGAUUUUUUGAAAUAACAUUUCUAUACAGUAUUGAUUACACAUUUAGGCAUCCAAAAGGAACUGAAAGUCAAUUUUUGUCCAAUACUUACAUUUGCUAUCCAUGUUGCCCGUGAAUAUCACAGACAUAGAAUAACCACUCAUAUCUAUAAUUACUUUCCCAAUCGCUCCCAUACUGUACUGUAAUUCUAUACUCACUAGCCAGAGCAACAUACAUGUAUUUUCUUGGAAGACAUCUUGAAGGAAAUAAUAUGAGGUGAACAGGGUUGGGCAGAGUGUAUUUCAGGAGCUCGAUGUUCCAUUGGUCUGACACGGAAACCACUUCCAUAAAGAGGACCCAGUGCUUCUGCUGAUGUAUCAUCCAACACCAUAUAUACCGUGUUUCAUGUUUCACUGCCUGUUGCUUGCCACUGUGCUAGUCUUCCCUUCUUCCUCCAGGUGUGUCCAGCCCUCUUCCUCUUCCUUUCAUAGGGUGUGAAGCACAACAACAGCCAAGAUGUCAGAAAAAAAGAUGACGUCGAGUCGCAGGCAUCAUCUGAAGAGCUUGGUCCUCCAGAUAGCAUUUGAGCUGAUUGAAGUGGAGAAAAAGGAGGCUGAGCAGGUGAAAAACAAUUUCAUGGCUGAGAUCCCUAGCCUGGAUUUGUCUGGAGAUCAAGCGGCGCUGAUGGAAAUGCUCAAAAAGAUGGCCCAUACCAUUGACACGAUUGAUGAGGAGAGAUAUGAUGCAGAAGCAAAAGUGAUGAAGGCUGACAAAGAGAUUGAGGACUUGAAGAUGAAAGUGAUUGAGAUCCAGGGCAUGAAGAAGCCAGCCCUGAAGAAAGUGCGUAUGUCUGCUGAUGCUAUGCUCCAGGCUCUGCUGGGCACCAAGCACAAGGCUUCCAUGGAUUUCAGAGCGAACUUGAAAGAAGUGAAGAAGGAGGUCAAAGAGGAGGCGGCAGAUGCAGUUGGUGACUGGCGCAAGAACGUUGAUGAACAGGCUGGCAUGGACGGCAGGAUGAAAAAGUUUCAGGGUUAAACACAGCUGUCUUUUGUUGUAUUGUGGUACAGAGAUGGAUUUAUAUGACGUUGUUAGGAAUCCCUGCAGGGAGAGGAUCUUUGAUCCGAAAUGCUGUUAUUUUUUUUAUACUGUAGCUGUUCAACUAUUUGACACUAUGGUUUUGGAUCUCUUUCUCUCUCUGUCUCGCUCUCUCUGCCAAAUAAAACAAUAAAAAAUGUUUAAAAAGCU